CGAGACGCUAGCCGGCGCCGUUCUCAGGAAGAGGAGCAUGGCACAGUGUCUCUGGGUCGACGGACGCCGAACAUGGAGGUUCAAGGCUGUUCUCAAACCUGGUGUCGGCGUCGGGAUCUUGAAGGUAUACGCCUGCAAGAAGAAUACGGUCGGAAUGAGCAGUGCUCAAGUCUCCCCGCCUAGUUUGGCGUUGUGUUUGCCGAUCGUGCACACGCCCGGCAAAUUCCCGACACCAGACUAUGAGUUUUUGACGAGGUAUCCCGCACCACAGGUUGCUGCUUACGACAUCUAUGUUCGAACACCGCAGUGUGCGAGGCUUUACGCUGGUAACACUUACACGUUUGCCUUGAAGCAAUUUUCCAGUCGUGCUUCGCUGGCUGCGACGUUGAAGCCGGCAAAGAUUGGGCUGUUGACGCCUAGCGGGAAAAUUGUUAGAAUUAGGAGGAAUGAGGAGAACGAGCGUGGCGAAUGGGAGGUUAGCGUCAAGAUUAAUGAGCCUGGGGUGUGGCGCGGUCUUGUGAUGCCUGGUGAGGGUGGAGGUAAAUGGUGUGUUUUUGCUGAAUGGAAGUGUGUCGCUUGAUAAUGUCGGAACAAAAAGCGUGAUCUACUAGGUACAUAGGUGGAUUUUGGGAUGAAUGGCGUUCGAUCGUUGGAGUUCUGUUUUAUAUUGAAAGUCGUCUCGUAUGGCGCA